AUGAGUUUUGGCAGGGGGACCGAUUCUGGGUUCACCUCCCUGUUGAUGGAAUACCUCUCUGUUGAUUAUGGUAAGAAGUCCAAGCUGGAGUUCUCCAUCUACCCGGCCCCUCAGCUCUCCACUGCUGUGGUGGAGCCCUACAACUCCAUCUUCUCCACCUACACCACUCUGGAGCACCCUGACUGUGCCUUCAUGGUGGACAACAAAGCCAUCUAUGACAUCUGUCAUAGAAAUCUCAGUUUCAGGUACCCCAUUUACAUUAACCUGAACUACCUUAUGAGCCAGAUUGUGUCCUCAACCACAGCCUCUUUCCAGUUUGAUGGAGCCUUUAAUGUUGACCCGAUGGAAUUCCAGGCCAACCUGGUACCCGAUCCCCCCCCCAUCCACUUCCCUCUGGCCACUUACAUCCCCAUCAUCUCUGCUGAGAAAGCUUACCAUGAACAGCUUUCUGUAGCAGAAAUCAGCAACGUUUGCUUUGAGCCAACCAACCAGAUGGUGAAAUGUGACCCUGUCAAAUUGGGGUUUGAGUGA